AUUAUUCUGAUAAACUCUGUUUAUUAAUCUGUCAUAUUCAGUUCGAAUUCUGAAGUUCAACUGUGACUAGACUAAAAGAUAACUUUUUGCCAACUAGGUGACAAGUACUUUCGGACGAGGCUGAGAAAUUUAGAUUUGCUUGUUGGUCAAAGUCAAUUAUUUAAUUCGAUCUGCCGACUCUCUCUUUUAAGCUUGAGAAUUUGCAGCUGUGAGAUGCAGAGUUGGUAUGUUUAUACCAUGUUAAAAAUAUACCAUUCUUUGAUAACAAUGAUCCAAAAUAAUUACAUGGUAAUAUAAGUCGAAUCAGCGUGUAUUACUUGUUCGACAAGUUUUAAAUUUUACCUGUUGUUUGUCAGAAUUUCAAAAUUUAACAUGAUAGUUGCUUCCAAAGUUAUUUCCUAUUUUCCUUGAACUAAUUUACAUUACACUAAUGCUUCUGAACUAGCUAUUUAAAAAGUACUAAUAGCUUAAUUAACUAUUAGCGGCAGGUUUUGUCGACAAAUCAUGAAAAGCCCUGAACUGUAAAAUGAAACAAAUCUAAAAUUAAGUUUGUUAUGGUCAACUCUUCACAAUUUUUGAAAAAUACUUCAACUCACCAGCUUAGCUUUAUAAUUUGAUUUUACAAUUUAUUCCUGAUUUGGCUUCCUUUUUUAACCAGUGCCGUGAAAUGAUUUCAAAUCGAGACAUGAAAAAAUUCGGCCUGAUUAGGUCUGAAAACAAACAGACCUUGGGCACUUAAUCUGCUCGGAUCAGGUUACGCCAAACACUUUGCCAAUUCCCGGGGCAAAAAGGCUACUUUUUAAUUUAUUGCGACCUUUCUUCCCAGUUUAUCCGAGCAAAUUCUGUUUCCGACUGACAAGAUCCCGCGUUUCUACGGACAUAACUAAGUUUAUUAUACCUCACUUUUUGAACUUGGAUAACUUUUAACCAAUUAGCGCAAAAUCACUUCAAGGAGAAACUGACAGCUAAAUGGAAUCUUGGUCAAAGUUUGAACCUCUUUUGGUCAAAGAUUAAAAUUCAUUAAUAAAAAUUUGACCUGUCACUUCUUGAAGUUUGCCAUCAAAUAAAUUUAGCUCGGAUUUUUAGCCUUCCGGAAAAGCUCCAGUGGAUUCGGUUCAAACAGGAUCCCUAAUCCUCCGACUAUAGACACUCUUUGAAUCGGGUUGCUCUUUCCUUUCUUAGCGAGAUUUGAGCCCGGCAAAUAAGCCUCGGGCUCCAGGAUAUAUUGCAAUUUAGUUCCAAAAUAUCCAGCUAUCCGGGCAUAUAUCUUUAUUGGAAGUUAAUCAGAAGGGAUCUUAAUAUUUCGGUGCUAGCAGACCUAAAACAGAGCUUUCUUUUCUGUUGUGACAUUUUUUGGAGUCGUAAAAAUGUUGAUCGAGUUUGGGAAUCUGCUAAGAGUUUAUUGGCCUGUUGUGACCAUAAAUCGCUGACUCCUCUACGUUUGUUCGACCUACAACCUAAUUGGGCUUUGUCAAAAAGUUAGCGGGUAGUCUUCUCAAAGGGGGGAGAUAACAGGUCACGACUAAUUGUCAACUUGUUUUACAACACCCGAACUGGGCCGAAAGAAGCGAGAAGAAAAAGAAACACUUCAAACACAUUAAUCAAUUCUACGGUUCUUCUCAACCCAGACGGGAACCCUUACCUCACUAAAUCUGAACCAUAAUUACCAAACACCAGUCAAUAAACAGACAAAUACACAAUCGCCUCAUACCACACAGAAUACCUGCUUAAUUAAUUAUUUCCACAAUUAUUUAACUGCGUAGCUCGCCCCUGAGACCGAAAGUCAAGUCCCAAACAAAGUCUGAUUUACAAUCCGCCUUUACGCUUUGACAUCUUUACUGCAGAACCUCAAUGUUGCUUCAAUUUCGAGAUCUAAACACACUCAACUCAGUUCAUUUUGGCUCAAAUUUGGCCUAAUAUUUCCAAAAACGAAAAGGGCAACCCAGUUUUUUUUUAAAUAUGUCUAUUAACCUUACCGAAAGUAGACAACCUUUAAAUUUGGAUUAUCCCAAUUUCAUGAGCAGGCGACUAAAACAGCAAUCAUCAAGAAUUAGUAAUUCAGGAAUCUCGAAGAAUUUUGCAAACUGGAGCAGUUUCACAAUUUUACUGUUAACUCUUUUACUGGCUUCACUUAUACCAGUUGAAUCAACUCAGAUAUCCAGGCUCCCUAACUACGAUACCAUGGCUCAAUUCAGAGAGAUGGAACUCGCUCAGGAAGAACUUAUGUUUCGGUCUUACGACUCGGACUAUGUGCGAGAUGCGGACGCUUGGUGCAGAAGGUACCUGCCCCACCUGCCCAAACUGGCCCGACUGACCUGCAGUGCAUUCCCCAGGGCCACUGUCCUCAUGGCUUACGCGGGCACCAGAAUAGGACUGGAGACCUGCACGGACCUUUUCAAGAAUGAGAUGUGGCGCUGUGAGGGGCUGGACAAGAGGACUCCGAUGAAAGGACUGCUCUACUUGUUCCGCUCUCCCAUAAUGCAGACUAACACCAAGGAGAGGGCCAUUGUGGAGGCAUUCGUGGGGGCUGCGGCUGCUCUAAGUGUAGCCACAGCAUGUGGGGACGGGUAUCUGUCUACUGAGUGCUCUUGCGGAGUCGCUCCCCCAGAGAGCUCUUCCAUGGGAGGCAUGGGAGGUGGUGGGGUGUCUGUGGCGAAUGAGGGAUGCCACGACAACUUCAAAGUGGGCUACGAACUAGCUCUCAACUUCCUCUCCACUCUCUUCAAGGCACUCUCCAAGAGAGACGACCCCAACUACGCACUCUCCAGACACAAUAUGGUUGGGGGUGUUGUGACAGCUAUGUUGACCCACAAGAAGAAGUGUGCGUGUCACGGGCAGAGUGGGGCUUGCUCAGUGCAGACGUGCUGGGUGGAGGCAGAAGACAUGAAGACAAUCGGACAGAGGAUACGCAAGAAGUAUCUGUCGCCGAUGGAGGUGGAGGUGAACGAGAAGCGACAGCUGAUCUCGAUGGAGAAGAACAAGAGGAACCGGGUCAACCUGCCCGACUGGACUGAUGAUAAGACCAACGAGUGGAGGACUGUCUACAAUCAGGCCAGCGAGAUGUGGUGUUACCCCAACAAAAUCAAUUCAGGAAUGGGCGGUCGGUUCUGCCCAGAGGACAUUGAUGAUUUGGGCUGCAGUCUCUUCUGUUGUUCAGCCAACAUGACCAUCCCGAGCACAGACAACAAACGUGGGGCCAGCUACGCCUGGCAAACGUUCAAAUACGAGCAUGAAUGCAAGUGCCAGUUCCAAUUCUGCUGUUCCGUAGAGUGCGAAACGUGCACGUUUACUGAACGACACCGAGUGUGUUUAGGCGGCGGCAGUCCCCCCUCUGCUUGAAAGCAUUGUUUGUGAGCUGAAAACAUUCUACAAAACUGUUUAUAUUUUUGUGAAAAUUGGCAGGAACUUCAUCUAGCCUCCAGGAUAAAAAGUAACAAUUUCAUGGAAGUUUAAAGCAA